GCUGUGUGCAGUUGUGAUUGGAAGUGGAGCUGUCUGAACUUCCCACAGAGUAAUGGAAAUUUAAGGGCUCUUGUUUGUUGCUUCCACCUUCUAAACAAUCUCCUAAGCUUGUUUUUUCUUGCGUAUCUUGAAAAGUCAGAGGACCGACAGCAAGACAAGAAGAAAGACAAAAGAAAGUAAGCUAGCUUUUUAGCUAGCCACUUGUGUGCUGGUCUGUCAGUGGCUGCAGGCUAACUUAUGGAAAAUGGAUUUUCUCUGUGAAAUAUUUCAAGCCUUAGUCGCAUUGGCAGCUCUUUGCUUAAUUGUGGUGUUCAUAAUAGCACACAUCACUGCUGGAAUGGUGAACCUCACACGCCAUGAGAAGGAGAAAUACUACCUCACCCCAACAGGAGAAAAGGAGCUUUUCCCCAGCCUGCAUGAUCCCUAUUCCAGGGAGCUCUCUGUGGUGAUCCCGGCCUACAACGAGGAACUCAGAAUGCCUGUGAUGUUGGAUGAAGCUAUGGAGUACUUGGAAAACAGACAGAAACAGCAUUCUUCUUUCACCUAUGAGGUCAUCGUGGUUGACGAUGGCAGCAAAGACAAAACCACAGAGGUUGCUUUGCGGUACAGUAGGAAGUAUGGUGCUGACAAAGUUCGGGUCCUGACGCUGGUGGAGAACAGGGGGAAAGGAGGAGCUGUGCGGAUGGGAACUAUGAGCUCCAGAGGGAAAGUCAUUCUUAUGGCAGACGCUGACGGAGCCACAAAGUUUUCUGACAUUGAGAAAGUGGAGGCUGGACUUAAUGACCUCAACCCUAAACUGGAGAACAUGGCCAUUUCCUGUGGUUCCAGAGCUCACCUGGAGCAAGAAUCAGUAGCUCAGCGAUCUGUGUUUCGUACAUUCCUCAUGUAUGGCUUUCACUUCCUGGUGUGGUUCUUUUGUGUGAGAGGGAUCAGAGACACACAGUGUGGCUUCAAGCUUUUCACACGUGAGGCAGCGCUCAAGACCUUCUCUUCUCUCCACGUAGAGCGAUGGGCUUUUGAUGUGGAGCUCCUGUAUAUUGCCCAGUGUUUUAAAAUCCCAAUAGCAGAAGUGGCGGUCAACUGGACUGAAAUAGAAGGGUCCAAGCUGGUCCCAUUUUGGAGCUGGCUGCAGAUGGGACGAGACCUGAUUUUCAUUCGCCUGCGUUACCUCACCGGAGCCUGGAAGCUGCAGUCACCAGAAAAGACUGACUAGCUAAUCAAGACAAGCUCUGGUGUCCUAGAGACAGCCUAUGAUAGGGCCAUCGAGCCUUUGGAUGAGGUGGGAUUAAUAACUGUGUCCAUCAUUCACUGUAAUAAACAGCAAAGUACAAUAUAUCACAUCCGUGUCCUCUUCAGGCAUCACUGGAUGUGACUUAGUGACACAGUUGCGAGUUCUUCUUGGUUCUGCCUUUAAUUUUUUUUAUUUGGAUUUUGGCUUGUGAUGGCCGCCGUUACACGCACAUUUCUGUCGCCACGGCUUACAGAAUGUCUGUAUGACUGAUGUACUAAGUUACUUUAUGUUUUAUUUUGUGGCCAAUCAGCUGUAAGAGAGAGACUCGUAGUGAAAUACGGAGGAUCUGAUGAUCUGUGUGUCAUGAUUCGGACAGGUAGAAUGAAUAUUACUCUGAGAUUUUCAAAAAGGGAGGGGUUGUAUUUUUUAGGAAUCAUGGCUGUGGAUUGAUGGGUUGGAUGACUUGAACCAAAAUAAAAAUGUCAUUGAUU